AUUAAUCACAAUAAUACUACAGGUCAUGGAUCGCUUUUUUCCUGAGAAAAUUCUCGGUGAGAUUUUCUGGGAUGAACCUUUUUUGGCCACUGAUCAAAGUGAUUUAGUUCAAUAUUCCCAGAUUAACAAGGCUGAAGCUUCCCCUCCUGCAGCAACUCCAAGCGCUUUUGUUCAAUAUAGAGACCUACCCAGAAGAAUUAAUUCUCUAAACGGGUCAAAUUCCCAGAUCAUGAGUAAGAAAAUGCUUGCGUUCUUGAGAAAAAGUUGGCCUUGGCCUGUGGAGAGAAAUAACGUACAAGAGAAUGAGAGAAACCGUAGUUUCAGGCACAUGAUCAACGAAAGAAUGAGAAGACAGAGGCAGAGGCAGUGUUGUUUGGCGCUGCAUUCAAUAUUACCACAAGGAACAAAAACGGAUAAUAAUUCUGUAAUUCAAAUGGCGGCAAAGGAGAUUGUACGGCUACAAGGAUGCAGAGAAGAGUUGCAAAGGAAAAAUGUUGAGCUUGAAGCAAAUCUUGAAGGUGUUGAGAGCAGCAAAGGUAGCGGAAGUAAAGUUCAAUAUUUGAGAGUUCCACAUCCUAAGUCUGGAAUUGAUUCUAUGGUUGAGAUCCUCAAAUGCUUGAAAGACAAAGGAGUCGAUACCAGAAGCAUCAAAUCAACUUUCUCCCCACAGGAGUUGUUUGCAGUGUUAGAGACAGAAACUGAUGAGGUUGCAGAUGCUGAUGUUGAAAGCGCUACUUGGGGAACACAUGAUGAACUUGAUUGGAAGCUUCAUUCCGAUGCCCGGGAAGGUUCAAAUAAAAAGCAAAAGACUAUACAUUAAGAGUUAGACCAAAUUUAGAAAUGUCUACCUUGUAUUUGUAAAUAUAUACACACCAGAUCAAUUGACUUUUUUUUAUAGUCGUCAAGCUUGUACACGUGUAAAAGUCUUCGGAUUUUACCUUAUUUGAGAUUCACUUAAUUCCCUCUCUAA